CCCGACUUGGGUUAAGCGCUGAGAACUAGAGUUUGCUUUAACUAUUAACUAGGAGUUGUCUCCAUUCUAACAGUGACACCGAUAGCAAACAAAAGGGGUAUAACGUGAUCCAAUAAUAACAGUAGAAUCAAGCCUAGCGCGGCCUCGUCUUAUACAUAGCUACUAUGUAAGUCCGCUCGGUAACUAUUUGUCGUGGCCUCUAUAGGACUGUAGGACAGAAAUGCCGAAAGUCACCGUACGACAACGUCCAACUUCCCGUCUCGCUAGGAUCAAUGGAGGAAUAACGAUGCUGGUGCCGGGUUUAUGGGUUUAUGGGUUUAUGAGCUGCAUGUCAUUCCCCGCAUCCAUAUGCAAAUAAUCCACCGAAUGCUACGGUAAAGAUCGAUAUUAUCCAUUCGAUCUGAACUGGGGCCGUCGUCUUAAACCUCUCCACCAACCAUCUUUCUAAUCUGUUGGACCCUGAAAACCCUGAAAAACCACCACACUUCGCAGUAGUUUAGGUAGUUAGUUCAGAUAUACUACCUCGUACGCGUAGCACACACAAUGGACAAGCUGCGACCUCUCGGGCGCGGAAUCGAUGAUCUGCUGCUACCUACUUUUGCGGCUUACGCACCGCUCGUCCUCGCGAAGGAGACCGAGAUCAAGUCUACGCGACGCGAGACGCAUAAGUACGGGAGCACUCCACGACAGCAGCUAGACGUCUACUACCCUGACCAGGGUAAAGCGGCCCCGCAGUUCCGCGCGAAGCCCGUGUUCAUCUUUCUAUACGGAGGCGGGUUCGUAGGCGGCAGUAAGAUAAACGAAGAGUAUGCCCACGGCCUGGUGUUUAAGAAUGUUGGCCACUUCUUCGCUUCCCGCUAUGGUUUUACUGUUAUCGUCCCGGACUACCGCCUCAUUUCUCACGGCGCCAAGUAUCCCUCCGGCGGCGAGGAUGUUAAGCUUGUCGUCGAUUGGAUCGCGAAGGAGUUGACGAAGCAGGAGGGGUAUGAGUCUAUUGACUUGUUCCUACUGGGUAAUUCUGCUGGAGGUAUCCACGUUACGACGUACCUCCUAGACCCUGAGUUCAAAGAGUCUAGGGAGGCAGUUGUAUCCGAGGAGCGGAAGGGCCCGGGCGUGCUACUCAGGGGUGUGAUACUGCUCGGCGUACCGUUCCAUUGGGGCGGUGACGACAACGCGAUCCUACGAGCAUACUUAGGGGAGGGCAAAAUCUGGGAGAACUCGUCCCUCGGCAUUCUGGAGAAGGAGAAAAAGAAGGACGCAGAGCCGGUUCUACCAGGUGUCAAGAUCAGCAUCCUCGUCAGCGAACUAGACCCCGAGCUUAUGUAUGAGUCGGCGCAGCAGUUUAAAAAGGAGUGGACGAAAGCUGAUAUCAUCUACGAUAUCCUGGACGGGCACAAUCAUAUCAGCCCUCAGUUAGGCCUGAGUACGGGCAUUGAGAAGGAGGAGGCUUGGGGCGUACAGGUCGCCGAGUUCUGUCAAUCACGCGCUACUAAAUAAGGUAUUUGACGAUGUGGCAUCGGUGGUCUAAUAGAAUAUAAUAUAAGACGUCAUCUAGCCAUGUUACGGUUCGUAUGGGAUGUUGAUAGCCGUUAAUACAUAGCCUGUAACCGAGUAAACUGAGGCCUCACUAAAUACUGGUAGACUCGCUAUAGUAUACUCGUGAUACU